GUUGCAGUUAGUACCUGACUGGGAUACCACACGUGCUGGAGUAACUGACCCAGUCUCUUGAAGUUGGGUUGACACUGGUGGUCACAAAACUGUUUUAGACUUUAAGAUGAAGUGGCACACCCUAGCAGCGUUGUUGCUGUUGGUGAUGUUGGAGGGCGUGGUGGAGGGCGUGGUGGAGGGCGUGGGGGAGGGCGUGGGGGAGGGCAGAUCAGGAUACGACCGUAGGAUGACGAAGGAGGAGAGGGAGGAGGUGUUCCAGAGGAUGAGAAGAACUAUUGUGAACGAUGAUCUGAUCUGUCUACCUCCUGACGACCCUCCAGCAAACACUGAUCCCCUGCCUACCAUCCCUCGUUCCUUCACCACCAAGGUGGAGAUCGCUCUCCAGAUGACUGACCAGUUGUUCCUGGCCUACGGAACAGAAUCCUUCGACGGCGUCUUCAACAGAGGCGUCCUUGCCUAUGAGUUAGGAGAGGGUUUGGUCAAUGAUCGUCCACACAUGCAGGAGGAGAUCGUCCACUACGACAUGACCAAGAACGAAUCCCUCAUUAUCAUCACCGAUACCUCUUGCGAGGACACAGGCGAAGAAAACUGCGACCCAAAGAAGACUUGCCAUGCAAAAACCACCAAGGAACUGGUCAACGAAAUGUCCAGUGUCUUCGGCUUCGGGAGUGCCAUCGGUGCCAACGGCAUCUUCGGCACGAUGGGUGUCCUGGAGUGGGGCCCACAGAACAACUACGUGUAUAUGGGAAAAGAAAACUGCAGAGGUAUGCAAUGCGACAGAUACCAAGCUUGCAUCACGGACAAGGAGGGGGUGCCCGUGGUUAAGCUUGUGUACUUCUGGUCUGCAAGUAGCUGGCACGUAGCAAGCAACGGACCGUCCGUGCCCGUGGCAGUGGAGAUUCAGUCAACAGGCAAGUACGGCACUCUCGUCACUCGCGAGGUUAUGCAGCGCUUCGAUUUUUACGAGGUCCUAAGAGACUUCCGGCCAAGCCUGGAGGAACUGAUGCCACCAGGCGACGUGUACUGCAAAUCCCGUAAGUCACAGUACGACCCUCCCGUAGUUCCCUACUACUUCUCCUACGACUCUGAGGCCGUCGCUGGCUUCGACGUCACCAUCGCCAUUGGUGACAACGAGACUGAAAAAAUUGAGUUUACAGUAGCCUUCAGUCAGUCGGAGUUCUACGACUGGAACGCCAAGAUCGUCAUGACAGAGUAUGUUCCUUGGUACAUCUUUGGCGAGGUCUAUCGCUAUGAAUUCGAGACUCAACGCAUCCAAGACUUUAAUCAAGGUCUUGAAUACUACCUGCAAAAACACCAGGACAAGAAGUGCAGGUAUGGCAUCAUACAGAACUCGUCCAGCGGAGGAGACGUCGUGGUGAAUGACGAUGGUUCAGUCUCCCUCCAGCCUCCCUGGAUCUUUGAGAACCUAGACGAACCUAUGCAGUACAAUGGCAUUCAUUCAGCACGAGAUAUGGAGGCUGAUGUUUGGAUCGGCUUGAAGAAUCAUCUUCUCUCCCUCAUCAGUGAGAACUUUGUUUGGUUUUAUGCCUCUCCUCUCGUUGUGGAUGAGAUAGUAAAUAAAGAAGUUUAUGGGAGAGAAGAGAAAAAUGGGAAGCUAAAAAUAAAGAAAACGAAGCCGUAUCUGCCGAAGGCCUCACUCGUGUCCAUGGACAAGGUGCCUCUAAAGCUGGAGAAAUACACUAACAUUCUGGCUAACUACCCUCACCUCAUCUACAACAUUUUCAACUAUGAGACUGACCCACCACAAACCCACAUGUUUGACAUCUCCCCAUGUUACAAUGAUUCUCAGUCUCGUGACUUUAUACUGGACCUGCCCUCUGACACUCUAGAGAUGGUGCAGUACAGGACUGACACGCUGCUGUACUCAGCUCAGGAAGCCUUGGCUGAAGUGGGCGUUAUCUCCCCUCUCAGGAUCAACAGAAUAGUGUUGGAAGAGCGAGAUGACGUCUUAAGACUCUUAUUUACCAUCUUGGACAAAGCCGAGGUUGAGGGAGAUGCUCCUGGAAUCCUCAAGGAAAGUAACCUCAACACAGCUGUCAGCCUCAUCAACUCUGCUGUCAGCAGUUCUAAACUUGUCAUCGUUGUGAGGCUGAACAGUCUCAUGAACGAAUACUCUAAAGUGAAGGACUCAGACAUAGUGGCUGUGGUGCCGGUUGCUGGCUCCAUGGUACAGGUGCAGCGAGGCAAGAACAACGACUACAGCUACACCACAAGCAAGGGAUACCAGUCAGGAGACAUGGCAGGUCUGGCCAUAGGUAUGUUGAUUGUGGGAACAUUGGUAGGAGUGGCGGUCACUAUGGUAGUCAAACAUGGCACUGCCUCUCCCAGUGGCCUCCCCAGGGUCAGCAUGGCACAUAAAUCUGCACCAAAUUCUAGUAACACUAUCAACGUCACUGCUGAUCUUACCGCCUCAGAUAUAUAGAAAUUUAGUGAGUCUGUAGAGAAAGUAAUGAAAAUUAUACUAGACGGUAGAGUAUGUGUCUUGAAGCCACUGUAACCCAGAGUCUUGUUCACUGUAACCCAGUGUCUUGAUCACUGUAACCCAGAGUCUUGUUCACUGUAACCCAGUGUCUUGAUCACUGUAACCCAGUGUCUUGAUCACUGUAACCCAGAGUCUUGUUCACUGUAACCCAGUGUCUUGAUCACUGUAACCCAGUGUCUUGAUCACUGUAACCCAGUGUCUUGAUCACUGUAACCCAGUGUCUUGAUCACUGUAACCCAGUGUCUUGAUCACUGUAACCCAGUGUCUUGAUCACUGUAACCCAAUGUCUUGAUCACUGUAACCCAGUGUCUUGAUCACUGUAACCCAAUGUCUUGAUCACUGUAACCCAGUGUCUUCAUCACUGUAACCCAAUGUCUUGAUCACUGUAACCCAGUGUCUUGAUCACUGUAACCCAAUGUCUUGAUCACUGUAACCCAGUGUCUUGAUCACUGUAACCCAGUGUCUUGAUCACUGUAACCCAGUGUCUUGAUCACUGUAACCCAGUGUCUUGAUCACUGUAACCCAGUGUCUUGAUCACGGUAACCCAGUGUCUUGAUCACUGUAACCCAGUGUCUUGAUCACUGUAACCCAGAGUCUUGUUCACUGUAACCCAGUGUCUUGAUCACUGUAACCCAGUGUCUUGAUCACUGUAACCCAGUGUCUUGAUCACUGUAACCCAGAGUCUUGUUCACUGUAACCCAGUGUCUUGAUCACUGUAACCCAGAGUCUUGUUCACUGUAACCCAGUGUCUUGUUCACUGUAACCCAGUGUCUUGAUCACUGUAACCCAGUGUCUUGAUCACUGUAACCCAGUGUCUUGAUCACUGUAACCCAGUGUCUUGAUCACUGUAACCCAGUGUCUUGAUCACUGUAACCCAGUGUCUUGAUCACUGUAACCCAGUGUCUUGAUCACUGUAACCCAGUGUCUUGAUCACUGUAACCCAGUGUCUUGAUCACUGUAACCCAGUGUCUUGAUCACUGUAACCCAGUGUCUUGAUCACUGUAACCCAGUGUCUUGAUCACUGUAACCCAGUGUCUUGUUCACUGUAAUCCAGUGUCUUGAUCACUGUAACCCAGUGUCUUGAUCACUGUAACCCAGUGUCUUGAUCACUGUAACCCAGUGUCUUGAUCACUGUAACCCAGUGUCUUGAUCACUGUAACCCAGUGUCUUGAUCACUGUAACCCAGUGUCUUGUUCACUGUAACCCAGUGUCUUGAUCACUGUAACCCAGUGUCUUGAUCACUGUAACCCAGUGUCUUGAUCACUGUAACCCAGUGUCUUGAUCACUGUAGCCCAGUGUCUUGAUCACUGUAACCCAGUGUCUUGAUCACUGUAACCCAGUGUCUUGAUCACUGUAACCCAGUGUCUUGAUCACUGUAACCCAGUGUCUUGAUCACUGUAACCCAGUGUCUUGAUCACUGUAACCCAGUGUCUUGAUCACUGUAACCCAGUGUCUUGAUCACUGUAACCCAGUGUCUUGUUCACUGUAACCCAGUGCCUUGAUCACUGUAACCCAGUGUCUUGAUCACUGUAACCCAGUGUCUUGAUCACUGUAACCCAGUGUCUUGAUCACUGUAACCCAGUGUCUUGAUCACUGUAACCCAGUGUCUUGAUCACUGUAACCCAGUGUCUUGAUCACUGUAACCCAGUGUCUUGAUCACUGUAACCCAGUGUCUUGAUCACUGUAACCCAGUGUCUUGAUCACUGUAACCCAGUGUCUUGAUCACUGUAACCCAGUGUCUUGAUCACUGUAACCCAGUGUCUUGAUCACUGUAACCCAGUGUCUUGAUCACUGUAACCCAGUGUCUUGAUCACUGUAACCCAGUGUCUUGAUCACUGUAACCCAGUGUCUUGAUCACUGUAACCCAGUGUCUUGAUCACUGUAACCCAGUGUCUUGAUCACUGUAACCCAGUGUCUUGAUCACUGUAACCCAGUGUCUUGAUCACUGUAACCCAGUGUCUUGAUCACUGUAACCCAGUGUCUUGAUCACUGUAACCCAGUGUCUUGAUCACUGUAACCCAGUGUCUUGAUCACUGUAACCCAGUGUCUUGAUCACUGUAACCCAGUGUCUUGAUCACUGUAACGCAGUGUCUUGAUCACUGUAACCCAGUGUCUUGAUCACUGUAACCCAGUGUCUUGAUCACUGUAACCCAGUGUCUUGAUCACUGUAACCCAGUGUCUUGAUCACUGUAACGCAGUGUCUUGAUCACUGUAACCCAGUGUCUUGAUCACUGUAACCCAGUGUCUUGAUCACUGUAACCCAGUGUCUUGAUCACUGUAACCCAGUGUCUUGAUCACUGUAACCCAGUGUCUUGAUCACUGUAACGCAGUGUCUUGAUCACUGUAACCCAGUGUCUUGAUCACUGUAACCCAGUGUCUUGAUCACUGUAACCCAGUGUCUUGAUCACUGUAACCCAGUGUCUUGAUCACUGUAACCCAGUGUCUUGAUCACUGUAACCCAGUGUCUUGUUCACUGUAACGCAGUGUCUUGAUCACUGUAACCCAGUGUCUUGAUCACUGUAACGCAGUGUCUUGAUCACUGUAACCCAGUGUCUUGAUCACUGUAACCCAGUGUCUUGAUCACUGUAACCCAGUGUCUUGAUCACUGUAACCCAGUGUCUUGAUCACUGUAACACAGUGUCUUGAUCACUGAUAAGUGUCACUGCACCACAAAUGUUUACACAAUAAUCUUUUUGUACUGUUAUUAACAAAAGCGCUGUUGUUGUUAAUUACUGUUGUUACUCAGGUCUUGUACAAGUUACUGUUGUUACUCAGGUCUUGUACAAGUUACUGUUGUUACUCAGGUCUUGUACAAGUUACUGUUGUUACUCAGGUCUUGUACAAGUUACUGUUGUUACUCAGGUCUUGUACAAGUUUACUGUUGUUACUCAGGUCUUGUACAAGUUACUGUUGUUACUCAGGUCUUGUACAAGUUACUGUCGUUACUCACGUCUUGUACAAGUUACUGUUGUUACUCACGUCUUGUACAAGUUAUCUCUGGACUCAUCAAUUUAACAUAACAUUAAUGUAAUUAUUGAAAUAUCCAUUAGGUAUAUAUUG